AUGAGUUAUUUGAUUGGGAAAGUAGUUUCAUAUCAGCAAGGAGCUUUUGUUAAAGGAAGAUGCAUACAGGAAAAAAUUAUUCUUGCUUCUAAACUGGUGAAUGAAUUGAAUGUUAAAAGAAGAGGAGGGAAUCAGUUAGUAUUAGUUGGUUACAAAAGAUAUUUCAAUCUGCAAAAAAGUUUGGUUUUAAUAAAUGGAGGGUCGAUUGGUUUCUUUGAUGUGAGUAGAGGGCUCAGGCAAGGAGACCCAUUAUCUCCACUUCUUUUUAUGACAUUUUUCAUAUUCUGCAAUGGAAAUAAGAGGUCUUUGGAUAAAUUAAUGCUCUUAUUAUUGAAAUAUCAACAAGCAUCUGGGCAAGUGGUGAAUAGAGAAAAGAGUAAAUGUUUUGUUGGUGGGGUAACUGAAAACAUGAGACGGAGCAUAGCUGAGAGUUUACAGAUGGAAUUAUCUGAAUUUCCUGAUAAGUAUUUAGGGGUGAUUUUAGAUCCAGGAAGAGUUAAAACUUCCCAGGUGUGGGGGAUUGUUGAGAUGUUACAAAGGUUAUUAACUAGAUGGAUAGGUAAGAUUCUUGCAUUUCCUUCCAGACUGAAUUUAGUAAAGUUUGUACUAUGUAGUAUACCCAUUUACAAUAUGUCGGUAUAUAGAUGGCCAACAACAGUAGUAAAGGAGUGUGAAAGAAUAAUAAGAAACUUCUUAUGGUAUGGAGACCCAGCAGUUAAAAAACUCAUUAUUAUUAAAUGGGUUGAAGUAUGUGCUCCAAUGGAGGAAGGUGGUCUUGGAAUUAGAAGACUUGAAGUGGUAAAUAAAGCUCUCUUGCUGAAUUUAUUCUGGAAAAUUGAAACUGAAGAUGAAGAAUGGACAAAUUUCAUGAAAUCUAAGUUUAAGAAUAAUAAAGGUGAAUGGAUAACAACAUAUAAACAAUCCUCUAUUUGGCCAGGAUUGAAAUGGGUGAUGAAAGAUUUAAAGGAAGGGAGUAGAUGGUUGGUGGGUGAUGGAAACAAUAUAUCUGUAUAG